AUGACGCCCGUGGUGCAUCUGCUGUUGCUCCCAUUGCUCUGCAGCAUUGCUGCUGGGACGGAUCUGGAGGAGAAGACAGGCCCGUUUCAGAACAUACAGCUGGACGUGCCCGAGGGAACGCCGGUGCCCUACGCCUUGUACCAGUUUCGGGUUGAAAGUCCAGGUGUUAAUGGUUUCCAGCUGAAAGGAGACGGAAGAAACGACAUCAAGAUUUCAAAAGAUGGCUGGCUUUUCCUGGAGGAACCUCUGGACUGGUCUCAUGAACAACAUUUCAUCGUUGAGGUGGAGGCCCUGGAGGAUGGAAAAAUCGUCCUGGACCCAGUUACUGUCACCAUAAAUGUUAUGGAUGUCAACAACAAUGCUCCAGUCUUCAGCCAGAGCAGCUACGUAGCCAUGGUUCGAGAAAACAGCAGUCCAGGUGAGCCGUUUACUCAAGUGUUCGCAUCCGAUCAGGACGACCCCAACACGCCUAACGCUCAUCUGAGGUACAGCCUGGUGAGCCAGCUCCCCAACAAGCACAACGUUCUCCUGUUCCAGAUUGACCCCGAGACCGGAGAGAUUUCCACCACAGAGCAAGGUAAACAGAUGCUGAAGGCUAGAGACGGCAUCCAGUACGACAAAGGAGAGGAGCAGAACACCGAGACUCUGAAGAGGAAGUUUGACGAGUACUGUACACCACAGAGGGUCCCCUAUGAAUUAAACCCCUUUUUCACCUGCGUGGAGAAAGCAGAGAUGAGGAGGCGAAACAUUGACCCCCUGGAAGACCCAGACUUCACCCUGCUUGUGCGCGUUCAAGACUUGGGAGGAUUUUCAGAAACUGCGCUGAGUGGAAACACCAGAGUGCACAUCGUUGUGGAGCAAAAUCUGUGGAGAAAUCCCGGACCACUGACCAUUCCGGAGAACUUCAAGGAAUCGUACCCUCUGGUGAUUGCAAAGGUCCAGUCCAACGAUCCCAAUGCUCUCUACGAGUUAGUGCAGAAGGAACGGGAGGUGAAUUUCCCCUUCCAGAUCAGGGACAAUGGGGAAAUCGUGGUAACAGAAGAGCUGGACAGAGAGAAGAAGGACAUGUACAUCCUGGUUGUAUUUGCUAAGGAUUUUAAAGGAACACAGGUGGAUCCCCCCAUGGAAAUCCAAGUCCUGGUGAAGGAUGUGAACGAUAACAUGCCGAAGUGUGAAAAAGAGGAGAGUGUGUUUGAGUUGCAGGAAAACGAGCCCGUCGGCAGCCCGAUAGGAGACUUGAUAGCCCACGAUGCCGACGAAGAAGGGACACUGAAUUCGGAGCUGACUUACACCAUCGUGUCCCAGGAACCCACCCCCAACGUCUUCUCCAUCGAUCACACCGGGAAAAUUCAGUCGCUGCGCUUGCUGCAGCGCAAAGAGCAGCAGCUCUACAACCUCGUCGUCAGAGUCAGUGACUCAGAUUUCAGCGCCGACUGUAAAGUCGUCAUCAAGGUCAUUGAUGUCAACAAUGAGCUGCCUCUGUUUGAGAAGACCGAUUAUGGCAGCCACACCCUGGCAGAGGACAUUGAAGUGGGCCACACCGUGCUGAACAUCAGUGCCACGGACGCCGACGACCCAGACAGUGGCAGCUCCCUGAUCCAGUUCCACAUCGCUGCAGGCGACGACGAUGGAGUCUUCACCGUGGAAACCGACGGCAAAGGCGUCGGUCAUCUGGUCGUAGCGAAGCCUCUGGACUUUGAGUCGUCUCCCACCUACAAUCUUAAGAUUGAGGCCCGCAACCCGGAGCCGCUGAUGAAAGGCCUGGAGUACGGCAGCGAGUCCACCGCCUCCGUCUUCUUUACAGUCACCGACGUGGACGAGGUCCCAGAGUUCAGCAUGGACAUUGAGGAUGUGACCGUGUCUGAGAACGUCACCAAAGGAUCCGUGCUCUUCACUGUGGAGGCAAAAGACCCAGAAGGCAAAGAGAUUGGUUUUAAGUUAGAUGGGGACUCUCACGGCUGGCUGGAGAUUGACUCUACAGGAGAGAUCAAAACCAAAGCGAAUCUGGACAGAGAGACAACAGAGAGUUUGGAUCUCACCAUUACUGCUUUUGAGAAGGAGAACCCAGAGAAAUUCUCUGAGCAUGUUGUGCGCGUGACACUGCUGGACGUCAACGACAACUCCCCUCAACUGGUUGACAACUAUGCUUUCAUCUGCAUGGAGAACAACAAACCUGUCAAGCUGGAGGCAAAGGAUAUAGACAGCGAGCCCUUUUCAUAUCCACUCAAAUUCAACUUUACUCACGGAAAGAAGUCACACAACUGGGAGCUGCAGAAAGUUGAUGCAAAAUCAGCUUUGCUGAUCUUGAAGAAAAUGCCAGAUGAGGGUAAAACCUUCUCAGUUCCCAUCACUGUUACAGACAACCAAGGCAUGGGAGUUCCACAUUCAGUAGACGUCGAAGUGUGUAAGUGCACAGAGCUGGGACACUGCUACAGGGAUCCAGGGCGAUUCACCUCUAUACUGGGAAUGGGACCCACCGUGGGGAUCCUGGCCAGCAUCCUGGCUUUCUGCCUCAUUGCCUUCAUUGUCGUCAACAAACGUAAUAAAAAGAAGAACAAGAAAACCCUGAACAACGAGGAAGAGCGGGACAGCAUGAUGUAG